AUGGAGGGUUUAUUGGAGGAGAUGGGAGUAACAACAGUCAAACCGCCUGAAACAGUUCAGCGAACAGAGUUCCCACUGGGAUCAGUGGUGUCUUGCAUCUUCGGUCUGGUCUUCUGUCACGCUCAGAACCAGGAAGUAGACGUGCUGAUUUCAAACAUCCUCUCUCAACGAACUGAAGAUAUAACACCAACUCUGCAUGUGCAGCCACAGACGUCUGUGUUCAUUGGAGACACAAUUACUCUGAUCUGUGAGGUUCAUGAGUCCACUGGAUGGGAGUUUAUCUUUAUCACACCACAGACUCAAUUAACUGAAACUACAGGAAAUAAAACAAUCAGAUCUGUGCAAGUCUCUAAUGGAGGAAAGUACAAGUGCAUAGCCAGAAGAAAAGAAAGCCCUGAGGUUUACACACAAUACAGUAAACCAAUAACAGUGACAGUACAGGAUAUAACACCAACUCUGACUGUGGAGCAUCUGAGCCCUGUGUUCAUUGGAGACUCAGUUACUCUGACCUGUGAGGUUCAUCGGUCCACUGGAUGGGGGUUUAUUUUUAUCACACGAUCAAACACUGAAUCCACUGAAUCUACAGGAAAUAAAACAAUCAGAUCUGUGCAAGUCUCUGAUGGAGGAGAGUACAAGUGUCUAGCCAGAAAAGGAAACCCUCUGGUUUACACACAAUACAGUAAACCAAUAACAGUGACAGUACAGGAUGUAAAGCCAACUCUGACUGUGCAGCCACAGACAUCUGUGUUUAUUGGAGACUCAGUUACUCUGAUCUGUAAGGUUCAUCAGUCCACUGGAUGGGAGUUUAUCUUUAUCACACCAUCAAACACUGAAUCCACUGAAACUACAGGAGCUAAAAUAAUCAGAUCUGUGAGAGUCUCUGAUGGAGGACAGCACUGGUGCAGAGCUGGAAGAGGAAACCCUCAGGUUUACACACAAUACAGUGAUCCAAUAACAGUGACAGUACAGAGUAAACCAACACCUCAAGUGUCUGUUUGGCCUGCUGAUCGUGUAUUCAUAGGAGAAACUGUCAAUCUCACUUGUGUCAUCAAUAGAGGAGUCAGCAGAGUCAGCAGCUGGCAGUACAGCUGGUAUAAAGAUUCAAUCAUCCAGCAGAAUAAACGCCAGUAUUAUACAAUCAGAUCUGUUACUGAGUCUGACGCAGGUAAAUACACCUGUAGAGGAAAUGAAACCAGUGGAUCAAGAUACUCACACAUCAGUGAUGCAGUUACACUGACAGUAUCAGAUAAACCACAGACAGUUUUAAGUGUUUCCCCACAGCAGUGGUUGACUGAAGGAGAUUCAGUGACUCUGAUGUGUGUGGUUAUAAACUCAUCUACAGGCUGGACAUUCAGCUGGUUCACUGUACAGAGUCUUUACUCAGAUUAUGAGCUGGUGUCAAACAGCAGUGGAGGAUCUAAAGGCAUCUACACAGUGAGUUCAGUGACUGUGAAGCACACAGGAGUUUAUUUGUGCAGAGCAGAGAGAGGAGAUCCAGUCUAUCACACAGAGUACAGUAACACACAAACACUGUGGAUCACUGGUGUUUCUCCUUCAGUCUCUCUGAUCAUCAGACCCAACAGAUCUCAACACUUCUCAUCUGAAUCUCUCUCUCUGAGCUGUGAGGAUCACAGUAAAUCUACUGGAUGGACAGUGAGAAGAUACACAGAAAAUAAACUGAAACCUUGUUCAUCAUCAGACUGGAGAUCUACAGGAACAACAUCUACAUGUACAAUCAGAUCUCUCUACACAUCUGAUACUGGAGUGUACUGGUGUCAGUCUGAAUCUGGAGAGAAUCUUCAUCCUGUUAAUAUCUCAGUACACUAUGUUGAUGUGAUUCUGGACAGUCCUGUUCAUCCUGUGACUGUAGGAGACCCUCUGACUCUACGCUGUUUAUAUCGAGAUAAAAACCCAUCUAACCUGAGAGCUGAAUUUUAUAAAGAUGGAUCAGUGGUGCAGAAUCAGACUACAGGAGACAUGAUGAUCAUCCCUACAGUCUCAAAGUCACAUGAGGGUUUCUACUACUGUAAACACCCAGAGAGAGGAGAGUCUCCAAAGAGCUGGAUCUCAGUCAGAGGAGCUUCUCAUGUGAAGAUGCGUAGCUUCAACAUGAUCACUUUUCUGCUGGCAGUUUGUCCAUAUCUGUUAGCGACAGUCGUGCUGAUUGUCAAAUGCUACAGAUUGAGAGGUGAAACAUCUGUCUGAUUUAUUGGGUCAUUAUAUUUGAUUAUUAUACUGAAUUCAACAAAUUUGCCACUUUGGUUGGUUGGACUUUAUAUACAGUAUAUAUUUGGUGUGUUUGAUGUCAUGUGGCACUGUGCGAACUGAUCAUUGUAUGAAAUUAAAUUACUACAAAAGUGACUGGAGAGCAGACUGGUAUAUUCGGCUUCAUGUGGCGGCACAAGAACAGACAGGCGAAUGACAUCAAAGCAAUGCAAGAGCGAUUCAAGAAAUCAUAUGGAAGAGUUACCUUUCGCAUUGUUCUCUUUGUACUUUGACAUCACUAAGCGGUCUGCAUAACGCCAAGUAAAGUCAAAACUGUACAUGGUGUGCUGCUGACAUAAGAGUAAGAGGUAAAAUCACAGUAUACUCACUACCAAAAAAUAAACUACAACGAUGUGCAAGACUGAGCAGCACUUUUCUUGUUGAGGUUCUUGUUUUCCAGUGUUUCUUCUUCAUCUACUGGAACAUCUUUUUAGAGUUGUU